AUAUCGAGCUUGUAUCUGAUCACAAUCAAUUCACGGACGACCAGUGGUCAAUUGCAUGCUUCAUGGCCAGCACCACGUUUGUUCCUCAGAUAUUCAACGAAAUCAAGAAUGCAUCCCAUCCCAGGCUGGAAAGAAAAGAGCUUACAUGGGUUCGCGAAGACAUUGUUGUUUACAUCGCAACGCAUUUAGAUGAAGAGCGACGCCUACAAGCUUCUGUGUCACGCCUGAUCAACGCGAUCAUGGAGCAGAAGGAUAAUCCUGGUGAAUACUUUGGAGUCGCGUUUUCCGUCUACCAUUGUGCAGUCGUCAAAGUUGUCAAAGAUGCGCACACGAUGAAAUUCAGCCACACGAGCGCCCUCCAGUUUUUACCAUCAUUCUAUGCAUAUUCACCUUCUACACCAGGCAUCAAUGCUCUCGCUCGUCUUGGCUUUCGCAUCGACCCCGCACUCUUUGAGCGUGUUGUAGAUAUUUGCUAUCAUGUACGGAAUAAAACAGAGAAGUCGCUCGCUCAGGGAGUUGAUGGCAGCAAUGAUGUGCCACCCAGCAUCACACGUUCACUGCUGCCUCUCGAGCUUUGGAAAGAGAUCGCACUUUAUCUCGAUUUUUCUGACCUCAUCCCCUUCGGAUUAGUCUCGAAACUAUUCCGUGAAGUAGCCUCGAUGAUACUCCGCUAUCCCCACAUCUGUGGAUAUCGCCUAGUCCCUGGUCCCAGAGGGAGAACAAUCGAUGAACCCAUCUCGCUGAGUGCUGCAAUUUUUUCUGCUGUGCGAGCUGGCAUUCUUGCUACUGUCGCGGUUGGAUUGCGGAUUGAAAAUGAGCCACCAACGAGACUGAUAACUCCGCUCGAUGUCGGAGGUGAAUCUCUCUGGGUGCUCUUUUCAGCCACUUCCUACUCCCCGCAGCUGAAAAGUUCAUCGAAGUAUAUCGAAAUCCCUCAUAGCAUUCAACACAACUCGGGACCCCAAUUUCGUCACCUAAUGUCUUCAAUCCGGGAGCACACGUAGGUUCCUUAAUUUUUGUAUAGUUGAUGUAUCAUCAUGUAGGCUCGGCUAUGAAUUAGACGAGCGAAAUUCCAACAACAAUUUUUAUCACUUGAA